CGAGAGUUUAGAGAGUCGGUUUGUGGGGGCGAGAGAUUAGAAGUGGAGAGGUAGAGAUAUCGAGAAACUCAAAAAAAAAAAAAAAGACUGGAACAAAGAAAGGGGGAGUUUUGUGUUGGUGGUGGGCGAUUUGAGAUAUGAGGCGAGGUAGAGGAGCCACCGCCGGGAGAGGAGUUUCUCCGGCGAUUCAAGCAGCGGCGGCGCCGGUAGUAGUGGAUCCCAACAAUGGAUCUGGUUUGAAAGAGGUUAGGUACAGGGGCGUGAGGAAGAGACCUUGGGGAAGAUUCGCCGCCGAGAUCAGAGACCCGUGGAAGAAGACUCGAGUCUGGCUUGGUACUUUCGACUCAGCGGAAGACGCGGCGCGUGCCUACGACGCGGCAGCUCGUACCCUCCGUGGACCUAAGGCCAAGACAAAUUUUCCCGCCGCGGCUUACUCGCUUUCUCCUCCGUUUUGUUACCAGAAUCACCCCGCCGGCGGAGGCGCCGAUCCGUUAGCCGAUCAUCGUAUGUACGGUUCCAACGGUGGAUUCGACGACCACCACCAUCAGAAUCAACCUCAUCAUCAUCAGGUGGACCUGCAGAGACCCACGUCAAGCAGCUUGAGCUCUACCUUGGAAUCAUUUAGCGGGCCAAGGCCGCCGCCGGUAUCGACAGGGACGAUGGAUCCAGCGGUAUCUUCGCGGCGGCGGUAUCCUCGGACGCCGCCUGUGGUUCCGGAAGACUGCCAUAGCGAUUGUGACUCUUCGUCUUCGGUUAUCGACGACGUUAAUGGUGAUAUAGCUUCUUCAUCGUUUCGAAAGCCCUUGCCGUUUGAUCUCAAUUUUCCACCGUUGGAUGAGGUUGAGUUCGCCACGGGCGGUCCUGAUCUACACUGUACGGCUCUAUGCCUUUGAUGAUGAUUAUCAUGAUGAUUGAUGAUUAUCAUCAUGAUUAUGAUCAAUGAUUCAAUCUUUUUUUUCUUCUAAUAUUAUUAUGCGGAAAAAAAAUGAGAAAAAAAUCAGAUAAGAUUAUGAUUAAAAUGAUCUUAUGGAAUGUUGUUUGAAGAGAAAUUACUUUUAUUUUUUUUCUUUUUUUAAUUUAGAAGAGAAAAUAUUAUGAAGAUCCUUGUUGUGAAAUUAUGAUAUCUGGGCUUCUUCAUCAACUUAUUACUGAACCCAUUCUACAUGUAAAACUUAAAUCUUAAAAAAAAAAUUAAGUCCUACACAUUAUUGGUCUAA